UAGUGAUCCAGGGAGACCAAGGACGCCGAAACUUUCGGGGGCUUUUCUCAAACAGGUCUAUGUGGAUAAUGGAUUUCCCCGCUUAUUUCCCCGCAACCACUUAUGGAAAUUGGUGGUUGGUCAAACAACGAUGUGAUCUCGCACUUUGUGAAUUUCGCACAUCUCGCGUUUCGCACGUUCGGGGAUCGGGUAUCGAAAUGGGUCACGUUCAACGAGCCGAAUGCAAUGUGCUUUUGGGGUUAUCUAGUGGGGGGCGAAGCUCCGGGUCGUCGGAAUGUCGAGGAAGCCAAACUCUGCGUCCACAACGUGUUAAAAUCUCACGCAAAGGCGUAUCGCUUAUACGACGCCAUAUUUCGCCCCCAUCAACGCGGGAAAGUUGGAAUGGUCAUUUUCACUCAAUGGUUUCACCCGAAGGAUCCAAAAAAUCCGAGUCACGUAAAAUUGGCCGAAUUCGCCUUGCAGAUUUCCUGCGGAAUCAUCGCAUCUCCGAUUUUCUUUGGACAAUAUCCCGACGAAUAUGCCGAAUUUCUGGGGCGACUCAGCCAAAAACAUGGCGUCGUAUCUUCACCGCUACAAUUCAGGUUGGCGGAAUCUGCAGAACUGCGAGGAACCUGGGAUUUUUGUGGUAUUGCCCACUACACGACAAAUCUGAUUGAACCGACACCAAACCACGAAGCCUCAGAUGGAUUAUCUGAUCCUAUCGGGAUUAAACUUUCCUCUGAUCCCAAAUGGUCCAGCGGCGCGAACAGUUCGUCCAGUUGGCAAUUCUACGUUGUUCCCUGGGGUUUUAGAAAAAUGCUCAACUGGAUAAAAAGGAGGUAUGGAAAUCCAGAAACUUACGUUUUGGAAAAUGGAUUUCAAGGUCAUCCAGACGAUGGCCUCCAGGAUUACGACCGGCUAGAAUAUUAUCGUUCUUACAUCAACGAGAUGCUAAAAGCGGUGCGAAUUGAUGGUGUUAAUGUCCAAAUGUACGCGGCGUGGACGCUACUCGACGAUUUCGAAUGGGACGACGGGUAUACAGUCAACUUUGGCGUGGUCUCCGUUAACUUUAGCGACCCGGAGAGACCAAGGAUGCCAAAACUUUCGGGGACUUUUCUUAAACAUGUUUUUAAAAAUAAUGGAUUUCCUCGGUGAA